GUAAAGGCAACGGAUUUGAUCGAAGUAAUUAAAUUGAACAAAUUCCUGAUUCCUCUCUCGCAGUGACCAACAGCAGCCAAGCAGAAAAGACAUCAUAACGUGCUGUAUGUGGUGAAAGAAGAAAUGGCCAUAGCUGACCAGAAGUCACCGUCUGACAAUAAAGUAUGGGGGUUCUUCAAGCUGCCGUUUCGACAAUCAGGUAACACGACGUCGUCUUCUUCCUCCACGUUGCAUCACCACCACAAUCAAACUAACCAUCACAUGGAGGGAUCGAAUCCGCAUGCUUCCAAUUCAGUGUCUUCCGUUGCGAGGUCUAUUUUGCCGACUCGCCGUCGCCUCAAACUCGACCCUGCCAAAAAGCUCUAUUUUCCUUAUGAACCUGGCAAGCAAGUGAGAAGUGCGAUCAAGAUUAAAAACACCAGCGGCAAGUCACAUGUAGCUUUCAAGUUUCAAACCACAGCACCAAAAAGCUGCUUUAUGCGUCCUCCGGGUGCUAUUCUUGCUCCUGGCGAGAGUCUCAUAGCCACUGUGUUCAAGUUUGUGGAGGUACCAGAGAACAAUGAAAAGCCAAUGGAUCAAAAGAGUAGGGAUAAGUUUAAAAUUGUCAGCUUGAAGGUGAAAGGAGAGAUGGACUAUGUUCCUGAACUGUUUGAUGAGCAAAAGGAUCAAGCAGCAACAGAGCAAAUAUUGCGAGUUGUCUUUCUCAAUCCCGAGCGUGCUGAUCCUGCUCUGGAAAAGUUGAAGCGCCAGUUGGCAGAUGCUGAUGCUGCAGUUGCAGCUCGCAAGAAGCCUCAAGAAGAUGCAGGUCCUAAGAUUAUUGGUGAAGGGCUUGUGAUAGAUGAAUGGAAAGAGCGUAGGGAAAGAUACCUUGCUCGACAGCAGGUUGAAGGAGUAGAUUCAGUAUAGAAUGGUUAUGCUUCUGUUUGCUUUGCCAUGAUUAAACAAGAAUUGAAAUGAUUCACUGUUGAGUAUAUAUCUCCUCCAAUCUUACCUUGUAACGUGAAUGAUAUAUCUUGCAAAAAGUCAUGUAGGAAACUGAAACAUCUGUUGUGGUAAAAUUGUAAGUUGAAUUUUUGUCAUUUGAGAUGUUAUAAACUUUGCUAGGUUCCAUCUUGUAGGUAACAUAAUUUUGAUUGUCUGCAAAAUAGAACUGUUCUAUAUGAGAUGUAGUACACUAGUUGGUAGCUGAAGCUGAAUCAAUGGUUGGCAUGUUUGAUUAUAUUA